UUUCAUCAGAUAACUGCACAUGUGUGUGACAUACGCUAGAUUUAUAUUACUAAUACUAUAAUUAAACUAGAGUACUUAUUAGUUGGAUGAAGUGACAGCAAGGAACAUUUACUCGGUGACAGUUCAGCAUAGCACAGUUGUGUGUGUGACGCGCGUGCUCGCGUAGCGAGUGAGUAGUGAAUCGCAUUGUGUCCGCGGUUUUCGCGGAGUGUGCGCGUGCGACAUGGAGCCGGCGGCGGCGACGACACAGGCGACAGCGGGCGCGGGCGCGGGGGCGGCGGUGAAGGUGCGCGCCGCGACGCCCGCAGACAUGCCGCUCAUACACCGACUCAUACACGAGCUGGCGCAAUACGAGGGCAUGCCGGAGGGGCCGCAGCUGACGGCGGACGACUUGGUAGAAGACGGGUUCACGUCGUCGCCGGCGUGGUUCUUCGCGCUGGUGGCGGAGCGGGGCGGGCAAGUGGUCGGCUACGCCAUUUGCAACCGCGCCUACUCCAGCUGGACGCGCCGCGCCUUCUACCUGGAGGACCUGUACGUGUUGCCCGAGGCACGGAGGGCCGGCGUCGGGCACGCGCUGCUCACACAUCUAUGCCAGCUGGCGGCAGCGGCGGGCGUGCACCGCAUCGACUGGCACGUGUUGGAGGACAACGAGCCGGCGCGGCGCUUCUACGCGCGGCUGGGCGCGCGCGACCUGCGCUCCAGCGAGGGCCGCGCCGCGCUGCGCCUCGACCACGGCCACAUACUGCGCCUGGCCGCCGGCGCCGACCUCGCCGCCGGCGCCGACCACGCCGCCGACCCCACGCACUAGCACUGGCUGGCCGCCCUCGUGACCUACAGACGUACGCCGUACCUCGCGGCCGUAGCCUGAUAGCGUGACGGCAAUCAAUACAGCAGACAACUACUGCAAUCCAAGAUUUAACUCUGACGACGUAUCAAACUAGAAAUCAGCUCCGUUUUUUUUCUAAAAAUAUACAAAAUGGUAUGACCUGAUCUGAUUAAUAAAAUUGCCUCCGAUCCGCGGAGGUCCGUGUUGCUCUUAAUUACAUAUUAUUUAUAAUAACCUGUCCCUAGUAGGUAGGUAGGUACUCGUAUGUCACAUCACCUCACAUCUCUGUAGGUUACAUCAACCACGUGGCUCAGGCUGGCUAGUGAUCACACAACCACUUCGUUAACACAAAAUAAUUUUAUUUUACUGCAACAA